UUUCUUCUGCAAUAAAUUCUUCUCGGCGAUAUCAAUUUAAAUAUUAAAUAUUAAAUAUAAAUAUUAAAAGGAUUUUUCGAUAUAAACGUUUUACAUGUAAAAAGUUAUUUAAAUUAUUUAAAUAUUAUUUAAAUAUUAAAUAAUUUAUUUGAAUAUUUUGUUAAUUAUUAAAUUAUUGCAUAAUCACAAGCGCAAGCUUGUCACUUCAUGUUAAAAAUCAAAGAUUUAAAUGUGAUCAGGCGAAGAAAGAAAUUAAUACGUAAUUAGUACAAAUUGCGUUCAAUAUACAUUAGAAAAUUCAUUGCGAAAAUCAAUUAUAAUAAUAUCAAUACGUAAGCAAAUAUUAACAGCAACUGAUUAUUGUCAGUGCAUUCGCCUGUUAAGCGCAAUCAAACUCGUCUCAUAUGCAUUAAUCAGCGCUGACCAUUCAUGAAUGGAACAAACCGUGCGAAUAUAAAAAUAAACAUAUUGAUUUUAUAUUUCGCAACUAUCCGUGUAACCAAAUUUACUUGUCAAAGUUUUUUACAAAAGGAUCAGAUGAAUCAAAUUAUCUCAUCAUUUCUUCGGUCUCGAGAAAAAGAAGAAAUGCUCGAUAAUUUCUCGCAUGUGUGCGCCAUGCAGCGACAGUAAUCUACAGAGAUACGCCUUCUCUUUAAUUAUCUCGGCGAAGGAACGUUUUACUCAAUUGUUGGGAGCGCACCGUACAGUACGGAUCAGCUUGUACAUCGAGAGGACUACUUACCUACCUUCACUAAACGACCAUGGCCAACAUCAAGAACAUGAACGUUUUGAUCACCGGUGCUGCUGGAGGCAUCGGCUUCUCCUACGCCCAACAGUUCCUGAAGAACGGAGCUAAGAUGGUCUCCAUUCUUGACUUUAACACAUCCGCCGGUACGACAGCCGUAGCUAACUUAGAAAAAGAAUUUGGAAAAGGCAAGGCCUUGUUCUACACAUGCGACGUAACUAACGUCCAACUUUUUGAAGAAACAUUCAAGAAGGCUGUCACCACUAUGAAUGGUGUCGACAUUGUCAUCAACAACGCCGGUUUAUUGAACGACAAAAACUGGGAGAAAACUCUCCGCGUGAAUUGCGGUGCUGUGAUCCAAGGAUCGCUUCUCGCCAUGGACCUCAUGAGCAAGCACAAAGGAGGAAAAGGUGGCACCCUCGUCAACAUCGCCUCGAUCGUGGCUCUCGACGUCUUCCCGAUAUGCCCGGUAUACUGUUCCAGCAAACACCAAGUACUCGCCUUCAGUCGCGCUUUGCAGCCUAGCUUCGACAGAACCGGUGUCCGCGUUCUCGUGAUGUGCCCAGGAGUCACAACGACCAACCUGUUCAAUGCCAUACAACAAGGCACACUCGACUUCCUCGACAAAGAUGAAGUGAUAAACUCGUUGAAGGACUUCCCAACCCAACUACCCGAGAAUGUGGCGAAAGCAAUGGUCACCCUCAUCCAGAAGGGCCAGAACGGAGAUGUAAGGAAAGACAGUAGAACCGGAAACAUGCAGAUCAAGGAUAAAAGAGCGAUCGUAACGGGAGCAGCGAGUGAUCUGGGUCUGACUAUUAGCAGAGAACUGCUUCGAAAUGGCGUCUCCAUAGUCGCAUUGAUCGAUAUUCGCGAAUCGGCCGGUACAGAAGCGAUGAACGCGCUGAACGCGGAAUUCGGACGGAACCGAGCUGUUUUCUUCCACUGUGACGUCACGAACAACUCCCAAUUCGAUGACACUUUCAAAACAGCCGUGAAAACGCUCGGCGGCCUGGAAAUCUUAAUAAACAACGCCGGCGUGAUUAAUGAAAGCGACUUCUCGAAAGCCAUUGACGUAAACGUGACAGCUGUGAUACGCGGUACGCUUCUGGGAAUACAACAAAUGCAAAGGGACGCCGGCGGCAAAGGGGGUGUUAUCGUGAACAUUUCGUCUGUGGCUGGUCUGCACUCGAUAUCGCAGCUUCCCGUAUAUUCUGCGACAAAGCAUGCGGUGGUUAGCUUCAGUCGUUCCUUUGCGCAACCUUAUCACUAUCAGAGGACAGGUGUGAGGAUAAUAGUUCUGUGUCGUGAUUUUACUCAAGCUCCGAACGAUCUCCCAGAAGGACAAUCUUUGUCGAAAUAUCAACCACACAGGGUGGACAGUAUCGCACACGGAUUAGUUUACGCGAUCAGGUGCGCUCAAAAUGGAAGCAUUUGGAUCAGCGAGGACGGGAAACCAGUCUACGAAAUUCAAUUGUCCGACAGUUUACCAGUGAAGCCGGACGAGUUCUCGUUAGAAUAUUCACAAAGCCGACAGUGCCUCGCGGAACCAAUUGCAACGUCGGACAACGAAAUGUUAGGAUCCUGUGCGCAAACUAUUAACGUUAGCCCGAGACGCAGGCGGUCCUCCGCGUCCGAGAAGGCGAAGGAAAUAGAGGCGAUCAACGGACUUGUUUCAGGCAAAAAUGUCUUGAUCACCGGUGGCGCCGCAGGCUUGGGUCACGCGUUUCUCAAUCACUUCUUGAAGCACGGUGCAAACAAGGUAACGAUAUUUGACAUCGACGUGGAAACUGGGAAGAAGAUUGAACUGAGCGUGGAGAAAUCCUGCGGCGAGAAGAAGGUUUAUUUUAUUCACGUCGACGUCUCUAACUACGCGCGGAUGACUGAGGCGUUCGAGGAAGCGUUGAAAUUGAUGAAUGACAUUGAUAUUGUCGUAAACAACGCCGGUAUCUUGGACGAACGAAGAUGGGAAAGGGAAAUAGCAGUCAAUAUUGGUGGGAUGAUUUCCACCGCGAUGCUGGCUAUGAAAUACAUGAGUAAAGACAAUCUUGGACAUGGCGGUACUUUAGUGAACGUCAGCCAGCACAUAGACAUCAAGAGCACAGCGCAACUUCCGGUUUAUACGGCCACGAAGCACGCCAUCAUCGGCCUGUCGCAAUCCCUCGCGGACGCUUAUCAGUACGAGAAGACCGGUAUCCGCGUGAUAACACUGUGCCCCGGUUUAACGGAGACGGCGCUCACAGUGGACAGCCCGAACAAGCUGCUCUCGAGGGUGAUGAAAGCGGACUUUGUCAAGAACCUCGAGCAGUUGUCGAUACAGACGCCGUAUGUAGUGGCUCAAGGCCUGAUGUCGAUACUCAGAGUCGGGGUGUCUGGCAGCAUAUGGGUCGUCGAAAGCGGUCGGAAUCCGUACGAAGUCUACGUACCGAAUCCUCGCACUUUGCGCCGCGCGUACAAGAAUAACUUCACGAUCGUCGAGACCAAACCGAUGAACAGAGGUCGUCCGAUAAGGGAGGUCUGCGACAACACACGAACAGGUCUAAUGAGUUGCGCUUGACGGUAUGACGACGGGUUGUCUCGGUGAAGAGACGCGUUCCCCCGCGUUCCGGACGUCAGAACAACGAGCCGGUUCUUCCGCGACGAACGUCUCCCCGCAGAAAUUGGCAAUUUCUCUUUGUUCUUUGGGAAAUUGUCAAAGGGUGACGUAAGCCGGAAACAGUCGAGCCGUCGAACUUCUGAAAACAUCAAUGGAUGAAUGAGAGAGAUCCGAUGGCUUGUAUUCUAUCAACGGGACAGAUGAGAAGCAGUUAAACAUUGAUUCGAAUCGAAUGAAUGAUAAUACAAAUCACGGAAGAUAACGUAAUAGCAAAGUGUUAAGGUGAAUCGUUCGGGAUACGCCGAACGACUGAUACGAUAUCACGUGUUCAUAGACGUGUCGCAACUUGUACAUAAAUCGAUGUAAUUUAAUGCUCGGAGAUUGAAGAAUAAUUCGUAUACGCUCGAUGUAUAUGCUGUAUAUACGCUCGUGUCUUUUAUUUGGAACUUCUGUUUUAGUACUGUCAAUUUACAAUUGUUUCCGAUGAA